GCCCCGCCGUCCGCAAAGUUUGUGCUGGAGCGGAGCCGGAGCCGGAGCCGGGGACGGGGAGCGGGGCUGCCGGUGGGAACGGGAGAGUGGCCGUCACCGCUCCAGCAGAUCAAGAGGGUAAAUGGGACCCUCCAGGAGAUGCUACCUUCUACAACCAUCAUUGUAGCCUUUUCCUCAUGGCCUACAGCAGCAGGCUAGCAGUUUCGUUACUAUUUUUGGUGCUGAUGAUCUUCAGAUGUGGAGCUGAAGAAGCAUCAUGUUGUUACCAAGCAAGAGAAUAUCCAAUUUGCAGAGAUGUCUGUGAUCAGCUUACAUCCACAAAAAGUGAAGAUCGAUUGAAGUAUCUGCUGCAGCGGUUGCCUGGCUACUGUCCUGAGUCAAUGCUUGAUUUCUGGGUUUGCAUCAACGCUUCUUUGCCCGGAGCACCAGGAAAGUCAGAAGGCUGGGUUGGCCUGGGGUGUUGUGAACUCGCCAUUUCCUUGGACUGUCGACGUGCAUGUAAGCAGGCUUCUUCAAAGAAUGAUCUUAAGGACUGUCGAAAGGAAUUUGAGACUGCAUUUUUCAGUUGCGUCAACAGAAAUGAGAUGGGAUCUUUAUGCUGCAGCUAUGCGGGUCGGCAUACAAACUGUCGAGAGUACUGCCAUGCUAUUUUCCGGACAGAUUCUUCUCCCACACAAUCGCAGAUUAAAGCUGUGGAAAACUAUUGUGCCUCCAUCAGCCCGCAACUUAUUCAAUGUGUUGACAAUUACACUCGCUCAUAUCCAAUGAAAAAUCCUGUUGAUAGUUUAUAUUGCUGUGACAGAGCAGAAGACUUUGCUUGUCAGACCACCUGUCGAAAAGUACUGAUGACGAAAUCCACUGAUCAAGAAAUUGUUGAUGGACUUAUCGAGGGCUGUAAGAAAAUGCCUCUGCCUCAGGAUCCGCUGUGGCAAUGCUUUUUAGAAAGUUCCGGAUCAAGUAAUCCAGAUAACAGCACGAAUGGAUUGCCUGCCACAGCUGUUGAUGGUGCCAAAUUGCAUUGUUGUUCCAAAGCAAAUACUUCCAUCUGCAGAGAUCUGUGUAUCAAGUUGUACAGCACCAGAUGGGGGAGCACAACUCACUGGCAAGAAUUCGACAGAAUCUGUGAAUAUAACCGUCUGGAAGCCGCCAUGUUUACAUGUCUGGCUGAUGUACGAGAGCCGUGUCAACUGGGUUGUCAAAAUCUCAAAUACUGCACUAAUUUUAAUAACAGAGACUGCAGCAGGAACUACGUCAGCCAGACAGGAUGUAAGCUCUCAACUCGUUUACGGGAGCACAAACUGGCGGUAUGGAGACAUGAUCCGACUUCAGAUCAUGAAGACAGAGGAGGACGCCACCGCGACUGGGGCUCCGCGGAGAUUCCAGCGCAGGCACACACGAAGCAGGCACGAGAAUUCUUAGAAGCGUGGUUCUCUUCCGCUAACACUCAUAUCGAAAUAGACAGCAUCUAUGAACCCCUAAGAGCCAAAGCAACACAAGCCAGCAGAAUUCAAGGACAACAGAAGGGGUAA